AGUGAUUUGAACUUUGAGACAAACGGCCAUGGAGCUUGCAACGUCUCUACAGAUGUCUUCCCACCUACUGUCGCCAACGCAGCCUCGACGUCAACUGCAUCUCCCAGCCGGAUUGUUCCGAGCGACCUAAGGCCCUACCCUAAGGCUGCACCGCGUAAGACAGGGCAAAAAGGAAGGAAGAAAGGUAGGACAAAAGUCCUUACGGAUACACCCGAGAAGCAUGCGAUUGAACAAGAAGCUGCAGAGAGGCUGGCACGACAGAGUCUGAAAAAAAGAGCGCUUAUCACAGCUAAGACUGUCGCCACUACCCGCCCAAAAAAGAAACGGCGACUUCAGAAGGAGUUCAGUUCUUCAAGGGAAGACGACACUGUUGCCGUUGCAUUUGAUGAUUCAGACAGUGACAUGUCGGGUUCCGAUAAUGAGAGGCGGGACAUUUCUGAGGCCGAUUGCCCAAACAAAACUUUUCAAGUGACAAAAGGCGAUUUUGUCCUUGUCAGAUUUGGUAAGAAAAAAUCUGACGUUUAUUACACGGGUAGAGUCGAAAGUAGUGACAAUACUGACGUCAGUGUCCAGUUCCUUCGAAAGAAAGAAGAGAGCUCAAAGUUUUACUUUCCUCCGCAGAAAGAUAUAGGGACUGUGCCAAUAACGGAUAUUGUGAAGAAGCUGCCAGCGCCAAAAACUAUUGGGGGAACGAAGCGCCUGCAAGCUUGCUUCAAGUUUGAUGUGGAACUAUCGGCUUUUAAUGUCCGCUGA